AUGGCAAUAUUCGCCAUUUCGUCUCAUUUGCCUUCAGUAGAGGGAGGACCUAUGUCUAUUGAUUAUCUGCUGUGGAUACCUGCAUUGCCGUCAUUUAUGUGUUUAUUUGUUAUUGAGAGCUAUCAAUUUGACGUCGACCCUGGACCGUUGCACAAACUAUUAUUUCUCACAUCUCAUACCCGCAUACCGAAAUAUUUCACCUCGGCACCAAAAACAGACCCUGGAGGAUAUGCAAAACGGCUGUGGACCAAUGCUUGGAGAAUGACACAGCCGCAUGUACCUCAGGAACCUCUCUCUACUACCUUCUCCUUUCUACGUAGCCAUCCAAUCAAGGUAAUUGCAAAAAAUCCACCAAAAAAACCGCUCUACUGGCAUAAUGCCCGACCAUUUCCAUUGGUGCAAGCGCUAUUUAUAUCUAUGUCAAUCGCAUGGACCACGUAUUUCGGUAAAUCUAAAGGGACAUCACACACAUCUCAUACAUAA